AUGAAAGUAGCCAGCGGCGGCGUGGUGGGUGCCGGUGGAUGCGGGCGGAAGCUCGAGCUAGCCUGUGCUGCCCUUUCUCUCCCGUCGAUUCAAGCUGCAGCUCCUGCACUCCAUGUCCUCUUCCAAAUCGGCAAGAAGCUGCAGCUCGAACCUUGCUUGCAUGCUCUUAAGAUUACAAUUCACACUCACCAGCUUUGCAAGGGGGCCGCGCUUUGCGAGGGCGCGCCGCUCGCCGAGCUCACCGCGCCUCUGCGGGCCGGGAGCUCGAGCGGGUUCGAUGGACGCGAGCUGGCCUCGCGCCGGCGGACGCGGGCGGCCGGCGGCGUUGCGCGGCGCCAAGCUGGCCCGGCGCGCGGCCGCCCCUGCCCUGGUGCGCGGCUCCCCCAGCACGCGGUGGCCGGCCCACGCCUACCCCGGCGUGAGGCCGCCCUCGCCGGUGGCGGUCCCUGCCCCGGCGCGCCCCUGUCCCAGUUCGCGACCGCCCCUGCCCGGCGCGAGGCGGUCCCCGCCGCCGGCGGUCCCCGCCUGGAACCGAGGGGCGCGACGGGCGGGAACAGGAGGCGCGAGGAGCGAUCUGGGCGGCGGCUGGCGGCGUGUUGCAAGGAGGGGAGGCAACGGCCCCAGCUUUCUGCAGCAGCAACCCGACGGUCUCCCUCCUCCUCGCUUGCCGCGUCCCUCGGGAGGGACCUCGACGGCUCGCCCGUCGCCUGCUCUCCAGCAAGGGCAGGGGCAGCGCCUCCUCCACGUGCUGGGCUGGGUCGCUGGGAGGCCGCCCGCCUGCACCAGCGCGCGUUAGGCCUGGCGGCCUCGCGCGGCGGACGCUCGGUCCUUUCACGGAUCUCCGGUCACGGUGGCGGGCGCCUCUGCUCACGGCGGCGGCCGGACGUCCAGGCGAGCGCGGGCGCGAAUGGGUCCACGGGAUUGGGCGUUCUCCGGCCUGUUAGCAAGAAGGGCAAAUACGUCUUUCUCCACCUCCGUCAGCCACCAUAACCCUCUAUUCCAUCCAAAAGGGCAUACGGGUCACAACAAAAAAUCACGAGGGCAUACAGGUGCAACCAAACUUUUUAGGGGCACAGAGGUCGGCACCAUCUUUCAUAAGGGUAUACACGUAAAAGACUCACUAUGAGACAGCUUGCCCGGGUAAUGAACGUACUUCGUUUUCCCGGCAGCACCAUCUCCGAGCAAUAGCUUUAUAUAACCAUACAGUACCACAUUCGUAUAGAUUAGUACUAUGUGCAAAGAUGGAUUACCUGGAGAGGUUAAUUGGCAUUGCCAUGCCCAAUUUUUCAGGGCAGAACUUCAGGGAGGAACAAGUAGAGGAAAUAGGUUUGAAGUGGCUAGAAAGAUGGUGCGAUCUGUGCACGCAAUUCUCGGAUUCGUGCGAUGUGGUUCGAAGCCAGGGAGGUGAGAGUGUUACUCUUCCGCCAGGGCCUCUGAAAGUUCUCCCUGAGACAACAUAUUUCUGCAUCACGAGGGAUUACUGCUAUCAUCGUGAGUACAUGACCAAAGCAAAUGAUGCAAGUCUUCUCUCUGAGGUUGUCAAGCUAUAAAUCUAAAUCCUAUCCAAUAAGUAUUUAUGGAAUAUUCGCCGUACGUGAUGACUUGAAGCCGUUGAGGAAUUAUGUCUUUAACCGUUCGAGAGACAAUCCUGUCAUGAUUCAUCAGGAUUCCCUAGCCCUGCCUCUUCGUAGCCCUUGCCGAGGAAUGUAUGUAGUGGAUCGUGCAUUGUUGGAAGUUGAUCUUUGGGUGAAAAAGGAAGGAGAUGGAUCAACUGAUGAACAAUUACUUUCUAUGUAUGUUGAGAUUGACUCCGGUUCUAAUCUCAAAAAGACGCUCACAGGACGGAUUCACAGUGAAGAUUGCAUCUUGGAUAUGGACUACAUGUUCCUUGCAGUGGGUGUUGAAGUAGUUAUUCAGGUGUUCACAGCUGUUGACAGUCCUCAUCAUGUGAGAUUCUUUGCUUCCAGCAGCUGUUUUGAUAAAGAGAUUGUGAUUUUUUAGGGCAAUUGUGCCAAGAAGGGCGAGCUAUUCACACAUACUGUUGCGGUGAUGGCAAAAGCAAAUUUGAGUGUUUGCUUGGAAUGGGAGAAUUCAGUUCUGGAGUGGACGUUUAAGGAUGGAGAGCUUGGAGCUAUAAGCUAUCCUGAUGACAACUCCAUUCCGUUUUAUGUAAGGGUGUUCUUUUCUCCAAAGAAACUGGAAUUCAGACCAUCACGAGACCAUGCCUGAAAAGAGAUGUGUUGAAACAAGGGGAGAAAGCUUCCAGUGGUGGAUUGCUGAAAUUGGCCAUUUUGAAUACAGGAAAGUAAAAGCAACUUGUGGUGGAUUGUUGAAUUUCCUUUUGUAAGCCCUUUAUCACAAAUGGGAGGAGUUUGAUGUAUGACUUUUGUAGCCAUGUGUGGCUCAGAUACUGUAAUCAGCUAUGUUCGGUGCAUGUAUGACUUUACACAAAUGGCAGGAGUUUGAUAUAUGACUUUUGUAGCCACUGUCGCUCAAAUAUUCCAAUCAGCUAUAUUCAGUGCAUGCUCUGCGUUAUGUUUUGA